UCAUUCAUCUGUCAUCCAAUUCUUCUCUUUCCCAUCCUCCACUGGUCUCACUCUCCCUUCCAAACAAUUCACACUUGUCAUCCUGCCCACUGUCAACAUGUCUGUCAUUCUCGCGAGCAAUACAGUUUACUAACAGCGGAUUGUGCGGGGGAGAAGUGGCCAUUGCCCACUUAUCAGCGGAAACUUAUUGAAUUUUAGCCGAUUUCUCUGUACCUUUCACCCCUAGAACGCGACGGGAUCGCUAUUUCGCAAAGAAACGCGCGCUAUGUGUCGCUAGUGCUAUCAUGAACCUGCAAUCAUUGUUUCGCGACUUCAACCCGAGCAAAUUCAUCGUGCACUGCAGCUUGUUUACGUUCAUAGCUCUGUUUUGCUUGAAGCUGGAUGGCUACAUAGAUUGGCCAUACUGGGCAGUGUUUACGCCGCUGUGGACAUGGAAGGCCAUCGCCACCGCUGGAGCGAUCGUGGGCGCCUUUGUGUGGUGCCGCUACCCGCACUACAGAUUGGAAGGCGACUCUUAUACACAGUUCAAAGCGAUGCUCAUAUCGCUCUCCCUUCAUUUGAUUUUGCUCAUGUUUGAACUACUGGCAUGUGAUCGACUGACGUCCGGCCGCCAUUUAUGGGUUUUGGUCUUCAUUCCUCUAAUAAUCGGCAGUUUGGCAAGUGUUGGAGCCUGUGUGUGGGCGGUAAAGCAUGACCGUUCGUUCGAAUUGGAAUUAUUCCUUGCUGUAAACGCUUUGCAGUUCGUAUCGCUACCUCUUAAGUUGGAUGGAUUCGUGUCAUGGAGCUGGGAAGUUGUAUUCGUUCCUCUAUGGAUUGUUAUUUGUUUAAGUUUAGUUAGCGUUUUGUACAAUAUUAUAUUCUGUGGAAUUAUGAUGAGAACACCCGAAAUAUCAGUACAGCAAAGGAAGUCAGCACUACAUGCUGCUAUUGGGAACACUUUCACAGCACUUCCAGUUUUAUGUUUUCAGGUAAUAAUUGCUGACAAACUGGAAGGUGAACUGAAAUUUCCAUACAUCAUUGUUUUUACUCCACUCUUGGUGGCCGUAUUUACAUUAAUAAUAUUAAGUUUUAGUGCUAAAGGUGGCAAUAAAUGGUGGUUCGGUAUACGAAAAAAUUUUAGUCAAUUUCUCCUAUCGACAUUACCAUUUUUGCAAGAAUAUGGUAACAUAUCGUAUCACACCGAGUCGGGUGGGCAGACGGUACCACUUGAUUCGAAUGUACAAUUAGAUGAUUUCGACAAACACGACAAGAAGAGCAAGAAAGCUUUAAGUAAGAAAAACGAUCAUUUGAAACCAGUCGUACCAAUCAUAAGCAUAGAUAUUCCCGAUUAGCGAGAAACGCACAAGACAAUAUUUGGUAAACGAAAGAUGCAGUCACAAAACUCAUGAUUUCUUGGAGAAUAGCUUGAACCAUUUGACGAUUCGUGAUUUUUGCACAAUCAUACGUAAUUGUUCACUAGGCAACAAUCAAUGCGGAGUUGCAGGACUGUAGUUAACUUUGAGACAAUUGGCAAUUUAUCUUCCUAGAAAUCAUAUUUUUGUAAGACGUCACCCGCAUCCACCUGUAUAUAACAUUUUGAAAGUAUUUGAGAUUUACAAUGAAAUUUUUUAGUUUACUCAAUCUGCAAUUUGAGUGCGGGAAUGCAGGAGGGAUAAAAACACGAAAAUGUACUAUACUUUCUAUUAAGUUAAUUCUUAGGUUAGAAAUUAUGCGUUAAGUGUAACACUACAUUAAAGAUUUUUGAUUAGA